AUGAUAAUUAUACCAAAUUUACAAGGUAUAGGAGGUAAUGGAGGCAUAGAAGGUAAUGAAGGUCUAGGAGGUAAUGAAGGUAUUGAAGGUAUUGAAGGUGUAGAAGGUAAUGAAGGUCUAGGAGGUAAUGAAGGUAUUGAAGGUAUUGAAGGUGUAGGAGGUAAUGAAGAUAUAGGAGGUAAUGAAGGUAUAGAAGGCAUAGGAGGUAUUGAAGGUAUAGGAGGUAAUGGAGGUAUCGAAGGUAAUGGAGAUGUAGGAGAUACUACACGAAAAUUUCCUAUCCAACAUAAUAUCUCAUUAUAUACACAAUAUUGUACUUCAAUUGAAGCUAAACGUCAAGGUGAACAAUAUAGUCUAAUACGCUCUCGUUCACCUGAUUGGUCAUCAUGUUAUACAGAUGAUUUUUUACUUCAGCUCUAUUUAGCCGAUUUAGAUAUGUUUAAUGAUAAGAACAUGUUAUUUUUCGAUGUUGGUGCAAAUAAAGGAUAUACAAUUGUUACUUGGUUGUCACUUUGGAUGCCACAUCUCGGUAUUAAUCCUCAAGUUUUAGAAGAUUAUUUGCGAACCAAACUGAAUUUAUUUGAUUGUGGUAUAUGUGGUGACUGUCAAAAAGAAGGUUUUUUAAAGUUUAACUCUAGUGUCCGUAUUAAGAAGACUAUUGAAAUCUAUGCAUUUGAACCGCAACCAACAACAUAUGAAAUACUGACACAAACUAUUGAAAUCUAUGCAUUUGAACCGCAACCAACAACAUAUGAAAUACUGACACAAGUAAAAACAUGGAUGAAUGCAUCAUUUCUGUACACAUAUCAACUUGCGUUAGGUAAUCAAAGUGGAAUUGGUGCUUUACGAAAAUGUCCUCCAGGAGCCGAAGUAUGUGGUUUAGAAACGAAAGCUAAUCCAAACUCUGAAAAUUAUGUUGCAACAAAAGUUACUACUUUAGAUAAAUUUGUAGAAGAGCAAAAUAUUACUGAAAAAAUUGAUUUAUUAAAACUUGAUACUAAAGGUUUUGAUCCAUUAGUUAUUCAAGGUGCAGAAAAUAUUCUUAAUCGACAUCAAGUAAGACUAUUUAUAUUUGAAUAUAAUGGUAUUGAAGCUUGGGUAACAACUACUCUUUAUCAAAUGGUAUUCGAUCUCGAUCGCAAGAAUUAUGUAUGUUAUCAAAUAGGGCAAUCAGGAUGUGGUGAAUAUUUACAAACAAUUAUCGUUCAACCAAAAUCUGUAGAAGUUCCAGUUGGUGAUACAGUUAUUCUUGAUUGUACCGUAUUUAAUCAAUAUGGUGAAGUCGCUUGGUGUAAAGAUGGUCAUUGCACAAUGGGUCGAGAGCGACCAUUAUAUUUCAUUCCUCGAUACGAAGUUAUUGGUGAUAGACAAGCUGGUAUAAAUAGUUUAAAAAUUCAAAAUGUUAAUCUUGAUGAUGAUGAUGGUAUAUAUCAAUGUCAAAUUGGUCGAACUGUUGAAGCUCGUGAAGUUCUUUCAAAUUUUGCUAAUUUAACUAUUCUUAUUCCACCAGAUCAAAUUUCUCUAACAUAUGUAGCACCUGGUAUUGCUGUUAGUGGAAAAGAAUUUAAAUUAAAAUGUGAAGUACUUAAUACACGACCAGCACCAAUAUUUACUUGGCAAGUACCACCGAAUACACAAAUUGUAGAUAAAUUACAAGAAAACGAGUCCAUAACAAAAAAUAGUAAAUUACUUAAAUCAACAUCAAUUGUAACACUUAUUGCUGAUAUUAAUCAACAUGGACAAGAAAUAACAUGUGAAGCAAUACAUUUUGCAUUAAAUAAAUCAUUGAUAUCAACAGCAAUACUUGCUAUUGAUUAUUCACCUGUUGUUAAAAUAAUUUUAAAACCAACAAAAAUGUAUGAAAAUAAAGAUUAUUGGUUUGAAUGUAUGGCUGAAGCUCGACCAUCAAUUACUGAACUUGUGUGGAAAACAAACGAUACAAUUCUUCAACGAAUGUCACCUAUGUUCGAUGGUAGAUAUCCUUUGCAUAUAACUGUUACACGUCAAAUGCAUAAUCAAUAUCUAUCAUGUUCAGCAAUAAAUAGUGCUGGAGUAUCAGAAGAUAUAGUCAUUCUUAAUAUUAAUUACGCACCUAAAUUUAAAGCCUUUCCUUUACCAUAUACACUUGUUCGUCUAGGUGAUCCAUUAAUACUUUCAUGUGAGGUUGAUUCAAAUCCAACAGCAAAUAUAUUAUGGACUAAAAAUGGAGAAUUUGUUGGUGGUGGAAGUCAAUAUCAAGUUCCUGAAAUACAUGAAGAUGAUUAUGCUCUUUAUGCAUGUAUAGUAACAGUUGGAGGACAAUUUACUAAAAUUGUUGCAUCGACUAAAGUUGUUUCACCUGGACCACCACGUUUUUAUCCUCCACAACCAGUUUUUGCUUCCAAAGGUUCAGAAGUUAUGCUUAAAUGUCAAUUAGAAAAAGAUAUUGAACCAAAUAAUACAUUUUGGAUAUUUAAAAAUCUAACACUUAUGAAUAAUAUGAAAUAUACAAUAAUACCAGCACGUGAUGUUAAAACAAUACCUCGUUAUGAAAUGGGUUUAAUUAUACAUGAUGUACAAACAAAUGAUUUCGGCGAAUAUGAAUGUCAUGUUACAAAUCAAUAUGGAAGUGAAUAUGCUACUCUUUAUCUUGAAAAACGAAGUAGUCAUCUUAUAAUGCAAAUUGCUAUUUAUUUUGGUUUACUUGUUUUACUUAGUUUAAUUUUAUUUUCUUCAUAUUUAUGUUGUCAUCAUGCUUGUCGAGUAGAUCAAAAACGUACAACAAUGCGUCGAAUGCGAAAAGUUCAAACUUGGUUAAAAAGUAAACCAAGUAUGUGGAUUCAUAAUUUAGCAGCAGCAGAAAAGAUUCCAUUAACUGUCUAUGAUGUAAACUCAGGUGUAACUCGAACAACACUUGAUCCACCAGUUGAUAUUGUUGAAUGUUAUGUGUCGAUGAUGGAUGAACAGAAACGUCAUGAUUUCAAUCGACCUUUAUUACCACCUCCACCACCGCCGCUGUCGACUUUAAUGGGUCGAAUGCCUUUUUGUAAUGAUGAUCAAUCAGAACAAAUCUAUGAAACAGCUGAGCCAAUUUCAUGGCAUAUUGAUGUUUAA